CCAGGAUUUUUCACAGGUGUUCAUGUUUUGGCUAAGAUGGCAUAGAAUUCUAUAUUAUGCUUGGACCAAAAAAGUUCUCUUAUGUGGAACAUCCUUAGCUGGUUAUUACACAUUUUUUCCUUCAAGUACUGUACAUUUGAAGCUUGAACAGAAGGAAGAAAAUGAGAAACAAAUUGUAAAUGAAGAUUUCAAUUCAUAUACAUAUCUACCCCAUGAUUCUGCAAAGUUGCGUAUUACAUGGGAAAGGGACCACUUUCUGUCAUACUGGAAUUUGCUGGAGCUAUCAAAAUCCAAAGAUCCUAUCAAGCGUCAUAAAGCAGUUGAAUCUCUUACUGAGAUAUUUGAUCUGGAAGAGUGGGAAUAUCAAGUCAUAGCCCAAGCAUCUUCUGCAGUAACAGCUGUAGGCCUUGCUAGAACAGUUAAAUCCAGUCCUUUAUUUUUUCUUCCUUCACGAUUUAAAAACGUGAAAAAUGAAAGUUUAAAUGAAGAUCUCAUGCUUAUGUUUCUAUCAUUGCCCUUAUCUGAAGAUUUUCUUUGCAUUAAAGUGUUAAUAAAGCAAACUCAAUUGGCUGCUAAAACUUUACUUAAAUAUCAAAAUGCUUGGUAUAUGGAACUGGAUGAUCAGGCUGGAAUUUAUCAUUCUUUACAAAAGAAAAAAGCUAUUGCCACAUUUCAUAAAGCAAGUUUGGAAGCAAUUCUAGCAUGUUCUGCAGUAAAACUAUAUCGAGAUAUAUUGAAAAAACUUGGAAUUUUGGAACUGUUGUUUAGGAUGGUUGAAUAUCAUGAAAAUGAUUUAGAAUUUCACAGCCUAAUUGCCCAAGUUCUUGCAAACUUUGCCCUGGAUGAAAGUUCUCUGAAUGAAUUUCAUAUAACUGGGUGGAUUGGUAUUCUUUCAAAAUGGGCAAGAUUGUCAUCUAUCAAUGUUAGUCUCCCAGCAAUUAAAGCUCUUGCAAAUUUGGAUGUGGACGAUAUUCUUCAUGCAAAAUAUGAUGAUGGUAUCUACCUUUUAAGUCCAGUACCUAGGCAGAGGUUUAAAAAUCUGAAAGCUGAUGUUGUAUUCGUUCAUGGAUUACUCGGUGCAACGUUUUGGACUUGGCGCCAGAAUGAUAAUGUUCAGAAGAGCAUCAAAACAUCCGGUAAAAAAAUCCCAUUUAGCGCUGAAAAUGAGGUCCUAAAACCAGAGUCAUCUUUUGGAAAUUAUGAUUGUGAUUCUUAUACUUGGUGCUGGCCAAAGGAUUGGCUUGCAGUUGAUUUAAUGAAUUUGCGUGUAAUUGGCGUCGAUUAUCGAACAUGUCUCACCCACUGGAACUGCAAAUAUCCUCAAAUCAAGGAGAGAGACGGUAUAGAAGCUAAAGCUAAGGAGUUAAGUAGAAAGUUAUUGCUUGCGAAUGUUGGGGAAAGACCCAUUGUCUGGGUUACACAUUCAAUGGGUGGACUCCUUGUGAAACAAAUAUUAUUAGAAGCAAACUCAAGCAAAGGAAAAGACAACUUACUAUCUAAGAAUACUGUUGGAGUUAUAUUUUACAGUGUGCCUCAUAAAGGGAGUGGAAUUGCAUCGUGGUUUCAUUUUGCUCCUCGUAUAUUUUUGCCAUCCAUUGAUAUAUUACAGCUUCAGAAAGAAACUCCAUCACUCUUAAGUCUUCAUGAAAAUUUUAAAAGAUUUGUUCUUCAGAAUAAUGUAGCUAUAUUAAGCUUUGGUGAAACAAAAAAGUCUUCAUGGGGAUUGAGUUCUGCUCAGUUAGUAACUCUAGAUUCAUCAGAUCCAGGUUUUGGAGACUUCUACAAAAUACCGGUUGAACACUUAAGCACAUGUAAACCUUUUUCACGAAGAUCAAUUGCUUACAGAAAAGUUGUGGAGUUUUUAAUCACUCAUAUACCUCAGUUCUCAUCUCCUGCAUUUUCAGAUUUGCCUCUGUACAAAAAUAUCAGGGAAUUUUCGAACUUGAUGUCUUUAAUUCCAUGAUGUUUUAAAAAGAAAUUAAGGGUAAUACAGUGAAAUCCCAUUACUACGAAUUUCAAGGAGCCACAAAGUUUGUUCGCUGCAACAGGAAUUUCAUUGUUGUAACAGCAAUUACAUUAGAAUUGAAAAUUUAUUUCAUUGAAAGGGAAAUUUUGUUCUACUAGUAUUCGUUGUAAUGGGAUUUUGCUGUACUUUCAAUUGAAAUUAUUUACUCAUUGUAUGAAUAUUCAUGAAAUGAGUAUUCAUGAUUUUAUUGUUUAGUGAAUUUUGUGAAGUUCUCUGAUUCAGAUUAAAAAAAAGUCAAUAAAAGUUGUGUUUGUGAUUGAA